GCAUUUAUUUGUGUCUAGGCAUUCCCCCUCCCCCAGAAGAAACAAAGAAGGAAGAUAGCAAGUAUUUUAUUUAAUUUUUGAUUAGAUUCAGCAAAUAACCCUGUUUGCCACAGUGGUUGAAUUCUCAGUAAAACAACCAUGAAAGUCUUUUGGGUUAUUCCUCUUUUUCUUUUACGGACACUGUUGACUUCUCCAGGUAUGUUUUAUAUAUAUAUGUAUUCACCUUAUUAAUUAGCAGGGCAAGGCAUCUCUCUAGAAUGUUUGCAUAGCAAGCUAGCUGAAGCCGGAGACCCAACAGAAAACACUUGUUUUCUAGACAACCUGCCAGCCAACCACUCCCUUUGCCAUUUAUCACAACUAUUUUAGAGAUGCUAAGAAAAAUCAUUUGUUGAAGAUUCUGACAUGAAUUGACCUGAUCUAUACCUCCUGAACUAAUUUUAUCCUUUAGAUUUUGCAUUUCUCUGAACAUUGCAAUGCAGUUCUUAGCUAAAAAAAGAGAGUACCAAAAUGCAUAUAAAAGCAUAUUUUUACCUUAGGCAUCAACUAUAUUGCAAUCUGUGUUUCCUUUUUCCAUAACUCUCUUAAGUGGAUAUUUUUAUCCCAGUCUACAUUUGUACUGGAUUUAAGAUUAUUUUUGUAUGUGCUUUUAAUCUUAAAUCACCUGGAGAUGUUUUAAGGGAAACAAUUUAUAAAGGAGAUGGUAUAAUAGUGGUGAUGAGGAGGAUUGGUAGUAAUGCUAGCACAUAUUUAACCCUUUGCAAUCUCAUCCAGAGGGUGCAUUUGGUGUGAAGAUUUUGUCUAUAUCGGAAUGUGGGUGGAAAAUUUUACAUAGUCCAGGGGAAAGGGAAGGUGUUGAAGCCUUCUGUUGUGGUAUGCUAAAGUUGCUCUUUCCCAUUCACUGCUGUUGCAUCACCACCACUCCACUGGCCAACCACCUUCCUAGGCUGUUGAGAUUGGGAAACAGCAUACAUAAAUUGAUUUGUAUUGAAAUGUGUAUUAAGCACAUUUCUCUUCCAUUCCUAAUCUCACCUUCUGUCAGCCAAGUGCGUGUUUAUACACUGAUGGAGAUUCUGCAGUAAGAGGUGGCCUUUUCCUCUUCUUUUUUAAUAAUAUUUAUUAUUAAUUUUAACAUAUAAAUUAUAGUACAUACCACAAAAUUUCACCACUUAUACAAUCUUUUUUUCUUCCUUUUUUGGGACUUCCAUCAGCACCUCUGAUGAUCCACCGUUUUAGCCACUUCUUAUGCAUUUCUUAAGUUCAUAUUGCCUUUAAUUAUCAUAACUAACCAUCCUCCCCUUUAUCCAUUUUUGCAAUAGUUCCAAUAAUUCUCCUCACAAAACUUCUUGCAAACCUACAAACGUAGUCUGAUCAUCACAAUUACUUUUCAAAUAGUCUGCAAAUUUACGCCAGUCUUCUGUGAAUUUCUGGUCCCACAGAUUUCGAAACCUUCCUGUUAGUUUAUCUAGUUCUGCAUAGUCCAUUAAUUUCAUCCUCCAUUCUUCUUUCGUCGGUAAUUCUUCUUGCUUCCAUUUUUGUGCCAAUAAUAUUCUUGCUGCUGUUAUUGCAUAUAAAAACAACUUACAUUCUUUUCUAUAGAGAUGGUCUUUUCCAACACUGAAUCUAUAUGGAAAAGACCAGGUAUUAAAUGAUGAUGGUGUCGGUGACGAUAACGUUGAUUGGUAAAAUGAUGCAGAAAGCUUACAGCUGAUAAAACUGCUGUCUGCUGUGCUAUUUUUCAAGCUCUAUCUGGCAUCAAAUGAGGAACCAGGUCAUGUGUUGCAUAUGGAUUAUGAUGCUAAGAAGAUUUGGAAACUUUUGGGAAAUACUGAAAUCUCAGCUCUCAUAUUCAUCUCUUUCUUUCUUUCUUUCUUUCUUUCUUUCUUUCUUUCUUUCUUUCUUUCUUUCUUUUCUUCUUUAGGGCUUUCUGCUCUAAGGGACCUUGAUGAGAUCUCAUGUUUAUAUAUUAAGAAUACUGACUGUCAAAAACACUGUCCAUUGUAUGCGCUGAACCUUGGAUCAUGUUCUGAAGGGAAGAUGUGUUGUAAAAGGUAAGCAGAAUUUGCCACAAUGAUCCUUGCAGGGCCAUCAAGCUAAGCAUGUUCAUGUUCCAAGGAGUUGUGGUUGAUGGCUCUGCAUUUGAGAGUGGUGUGAGUUCAUGCAGAGCUCCUGUACUCUGGGAAGGGAAAUGCUUGUCCUUUCAGAUGGCAAAUACAACAUAUGUGAAAGUAAAGCAGGUAAGUCUGGCAGGUCAACUGUGCUGGAUGCAUAAAUUCACAUGUAAAGUACCAAAAAGGGGUAGCACAUCAGGUUUUGCUGCUUAAGGCGAAACAGGAAGUGCUGCUUUGCCCUGCCACUGCUGUUGCCACUACCACCACAUGCCCUGCCACACCCACCACUGACAAAGAAAUGACAACACACGUGAAAUUUGGCCUAUAAUGGAUGUGAUCUUGCCCAAAAUUGGUGCCAAUGUCAGCCACACUUCUCCACUACUGAAGCCAGAGGUGGGGCAGGCUGGGCACCCAUUGGCAUGCGACCUGGAGGUGGGGAGGGUGUUCUGAUGCCUGAAGCAGCAGCUUCACCCUGCCUAAUGGCUGGGCCAUCUUUGAGCACAAUCAUGCAAAGUUUAUAACAAUAUUUAGUGCUUUUUUCUUUAAAAAAAUGUUUAGGGGUACUCUCAUUUUCCUACUCAUAUUGAAAUACUGCCCCUCAAUGAGGCCAAACUUACAAAAUGUUUAGGGGUAUGCAUACCCCUGGGUCCCUCCAGAAGAAAAGCACUGACAAUAUCAUCAUCUACAGUAGGUGAUCUGAAAUGUGGCUAAAUGACGAAAUUCGGCUUUCUUAGCUUUGUGUUGGGUUUCUUAACUUUUUGUUGACUUUGUGCUUUCAACCCCCAAACUACACAUUAUUGGAAAGUCUGCAUUAUAAUGCAUGCAUCGGGGGAAAUAACAUACGAAAAUGUUUUGCAAAAAUUGGAAUAUUGGGCAAAAUUAAUUCAAUAUAUGUGCAUAUUAGGAGAAACGUUAGUUCCCGCUAACCUCAAAAACAUUAGUGAAUUUUGUUGACUACUUUGUUUUUUUUAAAAAAGUAUCCCAAACAUGCAGAAACAUGACAAACUGAACAUAAGAUUAGAAGGAUGACAAACUUUCCCUUAGGUAUGGACUGUGAUCUCAAAGAUAUAGACUAUCAAUAUGCUCUGAUCUCAUAUUCAAUUAUUCAGUCAUUCUAUAUGUUAUAGGCGUGCACCAGCAACAAAGUUCAUCUUGUAUCUGCAGAACUGGGAAACAAUCUGACUGAUACAUUUUAGGUUAACUUGUUUUCUCUUACUUUUAUUGAUAAUCUUGAUGCAAAGCUGCUUCUUCUUUUCUUCUAAACUGGUUCGAGGUUAUUACAAUCAAGUAAUAUAUAUCAUAUGUUUUGUCAUAUAUCAGCAGUUGAGCUAAACAGAAGACAGCUAGGCAGUUAGCAAGGCUAGCAUUUCCUGACUUGAGCCUGUUUUGAUCACGAUUUUUCCUUUCUUUCUUUUAGCUUGAUAAAUCACAUGAUUUCAUGCAAGAUAAAUGGGGCCCAUUGCCUGGUGUGGCAUUGUCUUGAUAAUUACAAGAAAAUUGGGGUGUGUAGCAGAGGAAGUCCGUGCUGCUUAAGGUAGGCAAAAUUCCCUUAAGCCAACCUUAAAUGUGGUUGCCAUUAUUUGCCCCAAACACAGAGACAGAAAGCAGGGCAAGACACAGCCAUAUAUGGCUCAAUGAGCACGUUGACAACCUGGAACAGGGAAAUAGCUGGCUGCCUUUUCCUCUGUCUGCUUGAUAGGCUACUUGCUCUGACUGAGCUCAGGCUCAGGGGAUUGCUUGACCAGGCGUGACAGCCCCAGCCCCCAGGGAUCAUAAGAAAAGAUUCUGACAACAUUAUGGAAUUAAAAAUUGGGCCACAACUUUAUUAGACUUCCGAAUGUAGGAAGACCUUGGCUUAGGCCUUGGGCAUGUAUCCCUCCCAGCUCCCCCAAGUGGGGGAACUGGGGAACAUCAGGAUAAAUGGGACAUGGGGGUGCUCUGUGAGACGUAAAUGUAGCAGGCAGCCAAGCCCAUAGCCCUGCACGCAGGGUAGUUCACUGACAACCUUACAGUGCAUGGCCAGUGACACCCAUUAUAUAACCCUUUAAGAGAGGACCCUAGCGUGAGUGAAGGAAGGAUAACACUUAACAAAUGUAUCCUUAUCUAUUAUCCUAAACAUCCCCACAAAAUGCUUCAACAGAAUUCUCUGAAUGUUUGAUGUAAGGCACAAAUGCUGAAUAUACAACAGCUGCAACCCCAUGUCCCUUCAUCUUGUUUCUUUUUAAAGAAAAGACUCCUCAUCUUUGAGCAAGUAGCAGAAGAUGAACAGUUCUGAGAAAGAGUAUCUGAAGAAGUGUUCAUGCACAUGAAAGCUUAUACCAAGAACAAACUUAGUUGGUCUCUAAGGUGCUACUGGACAUUAUAUAUAUGAGUCCCUCAGUCUGAUGGCAAGUGAUAUGUGUCAGGAGGUCGCCCUACACUCGAGUAGGACCCUGGUAGAGACACAUGCCUGACUGGCAUGUUCCCUCCCUCCUGGUCGAUUGUUCAGGAGCUUCAAAAGCUUUCUUCAGCCUGAACAUCACAGCGAGCGAUGCCAACAGACAUCGGCACACUUAGGGAGCCUCAGAGUUUGCGCAGCUUGCGUAACAGACCUGAGCAACUCAGCAUUUUUGCUAAUCUACUUUAUUUACAUAUAAACACACACAGAGCACUGCAACAUGGCUCCCUAUCUCUCUAGCAUCAGACAGCAAAGCGAAUGAACAAAGGACAAUAAUCCCACUUCACUGAACACAGUAACACAAACACCCUGUCUCUGUCACUUCCCAUUCUGUGGAGUCAAAACAUACACCGUCAUGUGAAAGACAACAACCCCAUGACUGCAAUCAUGGAGCAGGAAUUCUAACAAUAUAAUCACGAUCUUCUUACCAGGCUGGAAUCCUGGGCAAGAGACGACAGCCAUUUCGCCAUUCUCUCCUGGAGGAGAAACUUGCUGAUCAUUUGCCACAGGGCAGGACUUUGUAUAGUUGGUUGCAAACAUGAGUUCACCAGAUGUCUUUGAAGACAUCUUGUUGCCUCCCUCUGCCUUCAGGGUUCUCUUUCUAACUUAUGGUGGGGACAAGCAUGCAAUUUCUUCAGCACCUUUAGCUUUUGAUUACUUUUUUUGUUAUUUGAUCUCCAAAAGCAGUAUUGCAUCAAUGAGAAAAAUUCUAAAGGUGGGCAUCAGCAGUGCUAUGAAUUUGUUGUUAAAUUACACUUUGUUGCACGAGCGAUUCAGUGACUCAUUUCUUUCUUUCUUUUGCAGGCAGUACUAAGUUUGGGGUUCAUCUUCUGCUUAAUAUACAAUCUCUUUAUCAAAGGGGAACAUCAAUAGAAAUACAUACCCUGAAUCUCCCAUUAUAUAGACCACAGAAAUAAAUACACCGUGAUUUGAAACUGCAUUGUAAAAAUGUGUGUGAAUUGAUUUUUUGGGGGGGUGGAGAAUACUUAUUUAAAGUCCACUCACUGAGUUGAUUAGUUAUGUCUCUGCAGUGCCUCUGCACUAUCCAUUGGCUCCCUUCU